UUUUUCUCCCUACUUUUUCAUCCGAUCUUUCAAAUGCCGGUCAAUUUUAUUGGAGUCAGCUCUGGCCUAGAAACUAGUUGUGGCCUUUAACAAAAAGUUACUGAAAAUACAGUUCUCAUUUACUCCACACUUACCCACAUUGAUUAUACCAGUUUUGUUGGAUAUUCUACACUUAAUUACUAUAAUUACGAUAAUUACUUUAAUUACAACUUCAUCUUAUUGUUUGUUAUUAUCGGCCGAAAGAAAUUCUCGUACCGCACGACUUCUUGUCUGAGAUUUUGCGUCCAUGAUAGAAUUUUGCAGUUAUAAACUUGAUGUACCCCAUAUAUCUGUAAAGCACUUAAUUAAGAAAUAUCCCAGUCUUCAAGGGAAUUGUAUAAAAACUCCAGUACGCCGGCAUCAGGAAAAUGAUCGUCAUAUAAGAUUACAGUUGGAAUAUGAAUAUACUUAUGAUUAUACUAAAUCCAAAAAUCAAUAUGAUAUAACUGAAAUUAUAGUCAAAGAGUACUUUAAUGUAGACAACUAUCAAUUGUUGAGGGAUAGACUAUGUCCACGAAUUAAUAAUCGAAUGGCGUAUAUUUUAAUUCUUGAGUCUUUAUUGAUAGAGCCAGACAGAAUUUUGAAUCCUCAACAGGAUGAAAAGGAGUGUAUUAUAGAUAUUGGUACUGGAUCUUCAUUAAUUUAUCCUAUUAUUGCUAAUAAGUUAAGUUAUAAAAAUUCGUUAAUCAUUGGUACUGAAAUCAACGAGGUAUCUCUUAAUAAUGCUCUGACUAUUUUAAAUAAUAAUUUCCAUUUAAAACAAAAUAUCUCGCUAAUAAGAGGAAGUAAGGACAAGUUAAUCCCUUCUGUGGAUUCUGAUAUCAAAGUGAAAUAUCUCAUUUGUAAUCCACCAUUUUAUUCUAGCAAAGAAGAGCUUUUGCUGAAAGAGUCUUCAAAAUCAAUAAAUAAACCAAAUGAACUAAUAAUAAAUGAAGACGAGUUGUUAUAUGAAGAUAAUGGUGAAUUAGGGUUUGUUAAGAAGUUGAUUGAUGAAAGCAUUGAUUUACUGACCCAAUAUAAAUUUAAAAGAUGCUGGUUCACAAGCCAAGUAGGAAUUCAUAAACAUGUAGAGGAGUUAAAUUCAUACUUGGACCAGAAAGGUAUUCCAUAUAAGUUCAAUGAAACUAUAAAGUUUAAUACUUCUCGUUGGAUAGUAGGAUGGAGAUUUGAACCUUUUAUAUUUCGUAUUCAGAAGUAUAUUUCACCAUUAAUAUUGUGUGAUAAUAAAAUUAUAAAAAAGUUAGACCAUCUUCUUCUUAACCUAGAUGAAUACUUUUCUAAACUCCGAAAGAAAUCUCACGAUAGAUUUGAAUAUAGAAUAUCGAGAGUUUAUCAUAAUAAAAAUAUAUGUUACAUCCGGACCAAUGAAUACGUCUGGUUACGAAGAAUACGUCGAUUGAUUGAAAGAGGCGGCGAAGAACUUGAAAAGCAAAAUCUUUUUAAUAAAGACGUUUUAAUACGUGUAUAUUUGUUCAAUGAUAAAGUUGACAUAAAUGUACUUACUACAGAUAUAGCGGAUAAGGAUGUUACCAUUCAUUCUAAUAGUAUGAAUUCAUUGUUUAAAUCUUUUGAUGAGAAUUAAUGUAACAUAUUAUUAUAAUCAUUAAUCUAGAAAAUCUUUGCUUUGACGGUUAGGCUGACGGAAGGAACGGCUGGGAAGCAGCAUCCGUAGGGAGCAAGAGAAGAACAAGAAAAUUGCGCACGACAUUUAUUUUGUUUUUAGUAAGAAAUUACAUAAUAAUAAAAAUAUUAAUAAGUAAAAUAAUAAAAUGCGACAGUAGCUUUGGGGAGGGAAGGUAAAGAAGACUGAUGUGUUCAAGCUGAGGAAGACACAUUUCCAUGAUUUGAAAUUCAUUACUUUAAGUUACUAGUGAAUGAUUGGGUUAAGUGAGAGAAUUUAGGAAAGUUUAGCCUGAAGCAAACAAAGUAAAGCAAACAUACACA